GCCGCGCCCGGGCCAUGGACCUGCCCAGGGGCCUCGUGGUGGCCUGGGUGCUCAGCCUGUGGCCAGGAUUCACAGACACUUUCAACAUGGACACCAGGAGGCCCCGAGUCAUCACUGGCCCCAGGACCGCCUUCUUUGGCUACACAGUGCAUCAGCAUGACAUCAGUGGCAAGAAGUGGCUGGUCGUGGGCGCCCCACUGGACAUCAAUGGCCACCAGAAGACAGGCGAUGUCUACAAGUGCCCGGUGACCCACGGCAACUGCACCAAGCUCAACUUGGGAAGGGUCACCCUGUCCAACGUGUCUGAGAGGAAGGACAACAUGCGCCUGGGCCUGAGCCUCGCCACCAACCCCAAGGACAACAGCUUCCUGGCCUGCAGCCCCCUCUGGUCUCACGAGUGUGGGAGCUCCUACUACACAACGGGGAUGUGUUCCCGGGUCAACUCCAACUUCCGGUUCUCCAAGACCGUGGCCCCCGCUCUCCAAAGGUGCCAGACCUACAUGGACAUCAUCAUCGUCCUGGAUGGCUCCAACAGCAUCUACCCCUGGGUGGAAGUUCAACAUUUCCUCAUCAACAUCCUGAAGAAGUUCUACAUCGGGCCCGGACAGAUCCAGGUUGGCGUUGUUCAGUAUGGAGAGGACGCGGUACAUGAGUUUCACCUCAAUGACUACAGGUCUGUGAAAGACGUGGUGGAGGCCGCUAGCCAGAUUGAGCAGAGAGGAGGAACAGAGACCCGGACAGCGUUUGGCAUAGAAUUUGCUCGCUCCGAGGCUUUCCAAAAGGGAGGAAGGAAAGGGGCCAAGAAGGUGAUGAUUGUCAUCACGGACGGCGAGUCCCACGACAGCCCGGACCUGGAGAAGGUGAUCCAGCAGAGUGAGAAGGACAACGUGACCAGAUACGCAGUGGCUGUCCUGGGCUACUACAACCGCCGAGGGAUCAAUCCAGAGACUUUUCUGAAUGAAAUCAAAUACAUCGCCAGCGACCCUGAUGACAAGCAUUUCUUCAAAGUCACCGACGAGGCGGCCCUGAAGGACAUAGUCGAUGCCCUGGGGGACAGGAUCUUCAGCCUGGAAGGCACCAACAAGAAUGAAACCUCCUUCGGGCUGGAGAUGUCCCAGACAGGCUUCUCGUCACACGUGGUGGAGGACGGGAUCCUGCUGGGUGCUGUCGGUGCCUACGACUGGAACGGUGCAGUGCUGAAAGAGACCAGUGGCGGCAAAGUCAUCCCUCACCGCGAGUCCUACCUGAAGGAAUUCCCGGAAGAGCUCAAGAACCACGGGGCCUACCUGGGCUACACAGUGACAUCGGUUGUGUCCUCCAGGCAGGGGCGGGUGUACGUGGCCGGAGCACCCCGCUUCAACCACACAGGCAAAGUCAUCCUGUUCACCAUGCUCAACAACCGGAGCCUCACCAUCCACCAGGCUCUGCGGGGCGAGCAGAUAGGCUCUUACUACGGGAGUGAGAUCACCUCUGUGGACAUCGACGGCGACACUGUGACCGACGUCCUGCUGGUGGGCGCGCCCAUGUACUUCAGCGAGGGCCGGGAGAGGGGCAAGGUGUACGUCUACAGCCGGAGACAGAACCGGUUUGUUUAUAACGGAACAUUGAAGGACUCCCACAGUUACCAGAAUGCCCGAUUCGGGGCCUCCAUUGCCUCUGUCCAAGACCUCAACCAAGAUUCCUACAAUGACGUGGUAGUGGGGGCCCCUUUGGAGGACAACCACGGAGGAGUCAUCUACAUCUUCCAUGGCUUCCACACCAGGCUCCUGAAGAAGCCUAAGCAGAGAAUCUCAGCCUCCGAGCUCGCUCCUGGCCUCCAGUAUUUCGGCUGCAGCGUCCACGGGCAGCUGGACCUCAAUGAGGAUGGGCUGGUCGACCUGGCUGUGGGUGCUCUGGGCAACGCUGUGAUCUUGUGGUCCCGCCCUGUGGUGCAGAUCAAUGCCAGCCUCCACUUUGAGCCACCCAAGAUCAACAUCUUCCACAGGGACUGCAAACGCAAUGGCAGAGAUGCCACCUGCAUGGCCGCCUUCCUUUGCUUCACCCCUGUCUUCUUGGCACCGUAUUUUCAGGCGGAGACUGUCGGCCUCAGGUACAAUGCCACCAUGGAUGAGAGACGGUACACUCCACGAGCCCACCUGGACAAGGGUGGGGACCGAUACACCCACAGGACUGUCCUGCUCUCCUCUGGCCAGGAGCACUGUGAGAGGAUCAACUUUCAUGUCCUGGACACUGCUGACUACGUGAAGCCAGUGGCCUUCUCAGUAGAGUAUGCCCUGGAGGACCCUGACCAGGGUCCUGUCCUAGACGAUGGCUGGCCCACGACCCUCAGGGUCUCGGUGCCCUUCUGGAAUGGCUGCAACCAGGACGAGCACUGCGUCCCGGACCUUGUGCUGGACGCUCGGAGCGACCUGCCCACUGCUCUGGAGUACUGCCAGCGGGUGCUGGGGAAGACCCCGCAGGACUGUGCCGCCUACGCGCAGUCCUUUGACACGGCAGUCUUCAUCAUGGAGAGCGCGCGGCGCCGGGUGGCCGUGGAGGCCACGCUGGAGAACCGGGGCGAGAACGCCUACAACACACGCCUGAACAUUUCCCAGUCGGCAAACCUGCAGUUCGCCAGCUUGAUCCACAAGGAGGACUCUGACAGCAGCAUCGAGUGUGCGAAUGAGGAGCGGCGAUACCACAGGAAAACCUGUAACAUCAGCUACCCCUUCUUCAGGGCCAAGGCCAAGGUGUCCUUCCGCCUGGAUUUUGAGUUCAGCAAAUCCAUCUUCCUGAACCACCUGGAGAUCCAGCUGGCCAUGGCCAGCGACAGCGAUGAGCUCGAGAGCACCAAGGAAGACAACACAGCCCUCCUGCGCGUCCACCUCAAGUACGAGGCUGACAUCCUCUUCACCAGGAACAGCAGUCUGAGCCACUAUGAGGUCAAGCCCAACAGCUCGCUGGAAAACUAUGAUGGCAUGGGGCCUCCCUUCAACUGCGUCUUCAAGCUCCAGAACCUGGGCCUGUUCCCCAUGCACGGGGUGAUGCUGAAGAUCACCCUCCCCAUUGCCACCAGGGGCGGCAACCGCCUGCUGACGCUACGGGACUUCCUCACGGACCAGGGGAACGCGUCCUGCAACAUCUGGGGGAACAGCACCGAGUACCGACACACACCCUCCGAGGAGGACCUGAGCCACUGGCCACUGCUGAAUCACAGCAACUCUGAUGUUGUGUCCAUCAACUGCAACGUCAGACUGGCCCCGAACCAGGAUAGCAGUUUCCGCCUGCUGGGGAACCUGUGGCUGAAGUCUCUAAAAGCACUCAAGUACAAGUCUCUGAAAAUCACACUGCACGCGGCCCUGCAGCGGCAGUUCCACAGCCCCUUCAUCUUCCGCGAGGAGGGCCCCAGCCGCCAGAUCAUCUUUGAAAUCUCCAAGCUGGAAGACUCGCAGGUCCCCAUCUGGAUCAUCGUGGCCAGCUCCCUGGGGGGCUUCCUGCUCCUGGCGCUGCUGGUCCUGGCACUGUGGAAGCUCGGUUUCUUCCAAAGCGCCAAGCGCAGGAGGGAAGCCAGCCUGGACCCCAACCCCAAAGUGCUGGAGUGAGGCUCGGGAGGAGGCUGCGAGUUGAUGGGGACCAGGAAGGGGCCCAGGCAGUCGGUCGGCAGGCAGGCUCGGCCUGUGCCCCGUGGCGCUGGGGUGGAGAGGACAGACCACCAGCUGCCAGCUAGUUUUGCACCGACCUUCUCUCCUCCGGAACAGAAGCGGGCCUGCUUUAAGGGGGCCAGGGCCCCUCUAUGCAGAUCCCUAGGGAUGGUGUAGACUGAGGACCCCUGCCCAUACUUCUCCCGGGCCGCCAGGCUCUCAGGGAGGCAUCACUGCCCCACCCACUCUGGUGCUAGAGAUUGAUGGUCAGCCCCCACCUCACUAGACCCCCAGGGGAGGAAGACCAAGUACACGCCAGCUACAAGCGCCCAGCUCCACGCCCACCAGGACCCAGGGGCAGCAGGCUCUGGAUCUGGGAACCCGCCCCCUCCCCUCCACCACCACCACCACCCUGCCUGGCUCGAGUCACACCCACCCACUUCCCAGGCUCCCGGGAAUGAACCUGAGCCCAAGGCUCAUGGUGACAGCUGCUGGCCAGGGAUGCAGACAGACGCUGGGGUGCAGAGAGGGUGACAAGUGUGCUCUCCGCACAAUAGGAUUCACACUGACCGCCACCCGCAUGUCCCCAGGCAGCCCCUGCCCCGCCUGCUGGCCGCUUUCUUUGCUCCUAGGUACCUCACAGGAGGUGUGGGUGACAGCAUCUCAAGCUCCAGGCUCCACAUCCCUGUCUGCCCAAAGCUGCCCGGCUGCGACCAGGGGGCAGGAUGGAGAGCACCCCCUCCUGCACCCCCAACACACACACACUGCCUCCCACCCCUCCAGACGCCCACCUGUGCACAGGCACCGGGCUCGGCGGCACUGAUGAGGGGGUCCUCCCUGGAAUGCACUGAACUGAGCCCGUGCAGGGACCCUGAGCCUGUGCAGGCUUGGUGGCCAAGAUCAGCCAGCCAGGGGGCCAUUGGGGCACCAGCCAUGACUUCAGAGGACAAGGGCAUGCCUGGUGUCCAGCAGAGUAAUUUAUGCCUUGACCUUGUUUUGAUAGAGAAAUGAAAGGGGCACACAGCAAAAACCCCUGUUGCAUAGGGCGACCUUCACCAUCAUAAAUAUUUUUAAGAAAUAAAAAAAUUUUAAAUAAGUCUUAGAAAAUACUCUAGGGUGCUCAAUUCCAUUUCUGUGGGCAGAGCCCAAGUCCCAGAGCCCGGUCCUUGUCCUUGAAGAGGUGGCAGAGCAAGGGGCCUGUCCAUCCCCUUGAAAGGCUGCCUCUGGUGGGUAUCGCCAGGUCCCCUGGUUAGAACCCAAAUGCUCCCCUUCGUCCCUGCACGUUCCUCCCAGGCCUCCGGGGAUCUCAGCACUGACCCCCUGACCCUUUGUCUUCGGGCUUCUUUACCCCCCUUACUCACGCGCUGCUGUCCAAACACGAUGUCUCUGUUCUAUUCUUACACCAAGAAGCCGGAAGCAGAACCCUAGAAAUGACUGAGGCUUCGCAGCAGAGAGGUAAAGAGUUGGCGCCAAGUUCCAAAGUAAAAUCAAGACCAAACUCUGGCCUGCUGUCCCCCAAGCCGGACUCUGUGGAAAGAACCAAUAGACAGCAGCUCACUGUGGGUUCUUUGCUCGGUGAAGCAGAGGUCAGUGCAAACAGGGCGGGCCCUGCAUGAGGUGGCCUGACACAGUGGUUGCAGCAAUGGGCUCAGACAGAACAGUGCUUUUGAGGGUGGAGCAGUCAGGCAGCACUUGGUGCUAGUGUACGGUUGGCUGUGUCAGAAUUGACUCAAUGAUCCCGACCAACUCUUUGUGGGCACUUAUUUUUCUCAAACAGUAAAAACUCAGUUUCCUUCCUGAUGGGAGGAUCAGAAGGAAAAGCUUUCAAAUGAUAUUUCAUCAGUUAUCACCAUCAU